CUCGCUCUCCAUCUCUGUCGGGGGCGUGUCAGGCCGCGUCUUCUCUCUAAAAUGGCUGAAAUGUGAAAAUUGCAUUAAAGCAAGAGAGUUAAAAGGAAAGAAAAUAAAGAGAAACAACAGGCGCUCGCCGUCGAGGGUUGUGUUGGACUGAAGUGGGUUCUACUGAGAGUGAAACUUUUCAAUGAACUGCACCAGUGUUCUCCACAUCCUGAGCCCUGGGGGUUCAUCUCCCAUCAUGCCUGUCGACAUGGCCGUGAGGAUCUGCCUGGCGAGCUCUCCUCCUCUGCGCUCCUUCCUCAGUAAUUAUGACAACCUGUCUCUUUGUGAACCGCUGAGACCUUGUCUGUCCAACGUCACCACAUCAACCAUGAGGUCAGCGAGCACAGAGCUCGAUGGCAGCCCAGCGUGGCUGAAAAGGAAGAAGAAGAAGAAAAGUGUGGUUUUUGCAGACUCUCAAGGCCUCGCGCUCACCGCCAUCCACGUCUUCAACGAGGCUGAGGACUACCCACUGACCGAGCUGCAGUUCCACCUGACAGAGCUAGAGGGCGCCACCGCCGGUCUGCACCUGGGAAACAGUAAAGAAGCUGCAGAUUGUGGUUCAGGUCUGGUUCUGGACUUCAUCCAGCCGGCAGCAGACUAUUUGGACCUGAGGAACCGGCUCAAAGCCCAGCAGGUUUGUCUGGAGACCUGUUCUGUCCAAGAGCAUCUGCUCUCAGGCACUGUUCAGGUUCGAAACCUCUCUUUUCAAAAGUCCGUCUCGAUCCGGAUCACCUUUGACUCGUGGCGCUCCUUCCAGGACGUUCCGUGUCUGUACCUAAACAACAUCUACGGCUGCCCUGACACCGACACCUUCUCCUUCUCUGUAUUCAUACCGGAGGUUCUCAAGCCCUCCAAUACAGUGGAGUUCUGCAUUCAGUACCAGACUCAGGACCAAACCUUCUGGGACAACAACCACGGGAACAACUACCGGUUGGUGGUGGCAGACCUUACGAGCAGCCCAGCUCGGAGCACCGUCAGUCUGGAGAUCCAGGGAGACCACAAUGGAGAAAAGAGGGAGGAGAUGGAGUGUGAUCCCUUUGGAAGUCCCAGGACAUCAGCAGGGAUCUUUCCUGAGUGGCAGAGCUGGGGUUGUGUUGAGAACAGCACCCCCUACUGGUGAGACCACCUUAGGCCAUGUUUUUAACAUUGCAUUCACUCUGUAACAUUGUUCCCAAGAUGUAAGAGAUUCACAGGACCUUCACCUGAGUACUGAGAAGCCACUGGUGGUUUUUGCGGUUAUGUUGGCAGGAUGCACUACGGACUGCUGUCACUUAAAUCACUUUAGCUGCCCUAACAUGAACCAUUUACUUUAUGGAAACAUUUGGAGUCUGCCUGGACUGGAGUAGAAGGUCUCAGGACAACAGCCAGUUCAACAUCGGGUGGUCACAAUGUCUUGGCCCAGCACACCUGAUGAAUGAAGCAUCAGAACCCGAUAGGUGCCGACGCUGAGUCAGAACUGGCCUGUGUACUGCACACUGGAGCAUCUUUUCAGAUCUGCACCCCAACGAACAAACCCCACUCCCCUUUAAGAGCCAGACUGGUCUUGCAUCUGGUCCUCUGUGUUGGGACACAGCCAAAUGGACACCAGGUGGACACCUGGGAUGACCUCAGUUACAAAGGGAUUCACGGGUGCCCUGAAAAAGCAUUAAAACAUUCAAGAGUUUUCAUUGCAUCAGAGACAUUCAUAUUUAAAAUAUGCAAGUCUGACAGACUGAAGUGAACUGAGGAGUCUUGAAGGCUUUUCAGCAGCAUCCAAAAGAUUUGGUAAAUGUCACGAGGAUCCUCGCGGUGACCGGACAGGCUUUAGAAGUCUCACACGGAUUCAGAGGUGCUCUCUUUAAACUUCCUAAAUACCCACAGGAGCGUCAUGGCCUUACGUGUUUCAAAACCCCUUACCCUAACCUGACCCCGUCUGGUGCAGGGCUUAAUCCAGAUGUCCAAACCACCUUGCACCUGCAGACUUGAACCUUGAACUGACUCGGUGCACUUUAGGGGGGGUUAGAGAGUCAAGAUCACGGUUUUAGCUAAAUGCACAGAUGUGAGUGAGAUCUGAACUUUUGUCUCAGUGUGUUUUAUCCCCACAUUACUGCUGAGCACUUUUUGUUAUAACCAUAAGCACCUCAGAAGUCUGCAAGUCCAGAUGGGGGACAUCUGGAUUCAGUCGAACUCUAAAAGUUAAAGAACUGUUCAGGUUUGAUGGUAAUUGUUUGUACCAUUUCAGGCCUCUAAUUUAUACUUGACAUGUCAGUGUUUCAGAGACUCUAUUCUGAACUGGUUGAAUCCAGAGUGAACUGAUUGGAAAAACCAAUCAGAACCAGAAACUAAGAACUUGCACUUUAGUUAAUGUUAUCCUCGGAGAAUUCGCAGCUGGUGGGGAAACCAGCACAUUUAGCUGCUGUUAUGGUAGUGUUACAGCGGGGUUACUGGGGGGUGAAACCACUCAGUCACCCAGUAUUCCACAUAACCAGAUCUUCAUCUUUGUAACUAUGCACAAAAUGGCUUCCAAGUUUUCUGGGAGGUUAGAAUCUUGACUUGUUUCUUUGACUUGGGGGUUUUCUAAUUUCUGAAUUCACACAGACUUAAAGACAAGCGCAUGAAGUGAUUUCUGUAAAAGACAUUGAUUUGGUGCUGACACACGUUGUUUUAGAGCAGUAUUAGCAUCAGCCAGAAUCCAAAAAGAACCCAGUUGGAAAACACCAGAACUUCCCUUUAAAUCAGCGCUUCAUUUAUUGGUCUACACUUUGAGUGGUCUGGGCUCAGUCCUCAGGUUCAAGGCAGAUUUCAACGUGUUUGGCUUGUACAAACUUUUGUCGCUGUUUUCACUGUCACAUUGAUGUUUGAUGCCCUGAAUGCAGCAUGAAGAGGAAGAUGAUGGGCGGGGUGAAAGGUCACGUUGGCUACUUUGUGACACAUUUCAUUUCUUUGUUUUCCUUCCUGUUAGCAUGUCACUGUGGCGUUUCUGUUUCCCUGGUAACAGGUAGCUCAUCACUUAGUAGUUGCAGGAUGUCGUCAUGGUAAUUUUAACUUUUUAACUGUAGAUGGAGAGCUAAAGGUAAACCUGCACUUCCUGUUAGCUCAUGUUAGCCAUACCAGCAUAAAAGCCUUUACUAAGUUACUAAGAAACACUUCCAGUGCUCUUACCAUGUGUGUGUGUGUGUGUGUGUGUGUGAAAUGUAAAGUGAGUGUUUCAGCCAAAGUGAGUUUGGCUCUAAAAAACUGAAUAAAGGUGUUGCAUGUGGUUUUUGUUUGUGUUGAGAUGUUUGGCAGCUGGGGGGCUCGUGCUGCAUUCAAGUCACGUCAGAAUUGUGGUAAAUGGUGACAGGUGAGCUUUCUGAGGGUCAUGUGACUGUUAUCAAGCUAAUAAAAACAAGCGUCCUGCUGUGUGUGGUUGAUGCAUUAUUUAUCCCUCCAGACCCCCUGGUGGCGCUGUGUCAGGGGAGCACUUAGCUACACUGCUAAUGUUGCCAACAGUAGAUGAACAUUGUUUUUGUAAGCUUGAAGCUGCAUCAUGCUAAUAUUUUACCGGAACGGUCUGAUCUGAGGUUAGUUUAUGAUUUUUUGGCCCUCUGCUCAGCAGUGAUUGGCUGUUCAGAGUGGCUCACUUCAAAGUCAUGAAUUUGAUCUUUCAGUGAGAACUGAGUUUAAGUUUGCUUUUAUUCCGGCGUGACUUGAACGCAACAAUUUAGUUAGAAACCAGUCAGUUCGCUCCUGCUAACUUAACAGUUAUGAUUGGUAUUUAUCUUAGCUAGCUAACCAACUAGCCAACAGCUAGCAUUAGCGACUGUACUGUAGCGAGGCUGUUUUGUAAAGUGCAAUGUAACGAUGAUGUUAUGAUGUUUUGAUGUGAGCAGGAAGUGAUGUAAGCAGGGAGUGAGUGAGUGACUGUUCCUUUUGUGUGUUUCCUUUCAGAAUAAAAAUCUAAUGUUUCAAGUGUAGUG